AGCGGCAGAGCUCCGCGUGGUCAGUCGGUUGAUUGGUCGGUCGAUUUGUCGGUAAAUUAUUUAAGAGGAUCUACGUCUUCAGGAUAGAAAGGACGAUGGCACUAUUCCGUUUUAGUUCCAAGCGAUGUCUCGAAUUACAGAAAUUGACAAGCACGGUUACGAGCUCUGUGGUCUUUCGAUCGUUAGCCGAUGCUUCUACCGACCUUAAGAAAGUUUUAUCCGAGAAGAUACCCAAGGAGCAAGAACGCAUCAAAUCUUUUCGCAAGAGUUAUGGCUCUACCAAAGUCGGAGAUGUCACCGUCGAUAUGAUAUACGGUGGGAUGCGCGGUAUCAAAGGAUUAGUCUGGGAACCUUCCGUACUCGAUCCCGAAGAAGGUAUUAGAUUUCGCGGUAAAUCGAUCCCCGAGUGCCAGAAGAUCCUUCCGAAGGCUAGCGGAGGCGAGGAACCACUACCGGAAGGUCUUUUCUGGCUUCUGAUAACCGGAGAGGUUCCAACGGAGAAACAAGUCCAAGCGAUCUCGCAGGAAUGGGCAGCGAGGGGUGCGCUACCGCCGCACGUGGUCAAGAUCAUGAACACUUUCCCAAAGAACCUGCAUCCUAUGACGCAGUUCUCAGCGGCUAUCACUAUAUUGAACAGCGAGAGCGAAUUCGUGAAAGCGUACAAUAAAGGAGUCCACAAGACCAAGUACUGGGAAUCGGUUUACGAGGAUACGAUGAAUUUAAUCGCCAAAUUGCCCGCCGUUGCCGCUACGAUAUAUCGAAACCUUUACAGAGGCGGCAACGGCCCGGGUGCCGUCGACCCCUCCAAAGACUGGGCGUGGAAUUUCACAAACAUGCUCAGUUACGACGAUCCUCAAUUCGUCGAGCUUAUGAGGCUCUACCUCACCAUCCAUGCCGAUCACGAGGGUGGAAACGUUUCGGCCCAUACCACUCAUUUGGUGGGCUCGGCCUUGUCCGACGCUUAUCUGUCCUUGGCUGCGGGCAUGAACGGCUUGGCCGGUCCGCUUCACGGUUUGGCGAACCAAGAGGUGUUGAUAUGGUUGGAAAAAUUACGUUCCCAAGUAGGAGAGAAUCCUAGCGACGAGAAGCUCAAAGACUUCAUCUGGAAUACCCUGAAGAGCGGCCAGGUGGUGCCUGGUUACGGUCACGCUGUACUCAGGAAAACCGAUCCCAGAUAUACGUGUCAGAGGGAGUUCGCUUUGAAACAUUUGCCGGACGAUUCCCUCUUCAAGUUGGUCGCUCAAGUCUACAAGGUCGUACCUCCUAUUCUUCUUGAAACCGGAAAAGUGAAGAAUCCAUGGCCAAACGUGGACGCUCAUUCGGGUGUACUUUUGCAAUACUACGGUAUGAAGGAAAUGAAUUUUUACACCGUUCUCUUCGGUGUAUCGCGCGCUUUAGGUGUCCUCUCAUCCUUGGUUUGGUCUCGUGCUCUUGGCUUACCCAUCGAAAGGCCCAAAUCUUUGAGCACCGAUCUACUGAUGAAGGCCGUCAAAUAAAAUGGAGACCCGUGUUUGCGCGCAACGUUUCAGUAUCAUUAAAGCCACCUUAAGAUCAUAUCUACCAACCACGACCAUCGUUGAUCUCUGCGAGAGCUCGGCGAUGAAAAUCGAUCGAUUCGACGAGUACGAGACAGUUUUAACUUCAUUUUGAUACGAUUCCGAGGAAAUCAUUUUUAAUCGCCGCCUGACGGAUGGACGCGCCAAGUUACAAGGAUUAAAAGCUACCGUAGGGGGAGGAACCGUUUUCUGUCUUGUAACGCGAUGUCGCUCUUACGCGAAGACAUCUUAGCCGCAUUUGCGUAGUCGCGGCUUGCGUCUUUGCGUGAUCCGAGCAUCGUGAAAAACGUAGCUUGGUACGUAACAACUGCCGAAUUAAAAAAAAAGAAUAUUAAAGAUAGCAGUCUCUUGAGAUAGUAGAUAAGGUAAGGUGUAGAUGUACAUAGUUGCCGCUUGAUAUUCGCAUGAUAAUGAUCUAAUAAAACCAGAUACCGAUUGUAAAGAUAAAAGGCGGUAAAUCCGAUCGAUUUCGAAGGAUAAUUAAGCGUUUCAGAACGGAAGAAAUUAUCAACGCAGAUAACGUUGGAUAUAGCAUAGUAAGCGCAUAGCGCUUACUGUUAAAAGAACAUGAUCGUCGUCGUCGGCAUCGCCCGAUAAUUCAAUGAACACUGCCCAAAAUUACGCGCGUUUUUAUUUUUUAGAAUCUAUAAUACACCUCUCGAUCGAUAUAGACGUAAAUUCUUUUCCUCACAUUUCAAAGGAUAAUAAAAACGAUAUUGGUUGGUAUAUUAGUUAGCGCCAAUGCCAAAUAUGUAUGUACACGGUGCUACAUAUCGUUACGAUGUUUUACAAUUAGAUGCACAUAUUAUUUCACUUGCUCAGGAAGUUUACGUAUGUCACGAUUCCCACUACCUAAUAGUCUCCGUAACAGAAAACACUUACAAGGCUAACUAAAUACUUAAUUAAAUAUCCUUCAAAGUGCUUACCAUAGCACAGGUUGUUGGUUUUAGAUUUUCUCAAACAUACUAAUAAAACGAUUCGGUCUUAUACCGAGCCGGUACGAGAUACGCGUAAAUUAAGGAUGACCAGUGGUAGAUCCACUGUUAUGAGGAUGUAUGAGUGUGCGAUUCUUUAUUUAUAACAAACUUGAAAAUAAAUAGAUAUUUAAAAAUAA